AUUGCUUUAUAGCAUUUCAGACCGUUUAGAAAUUUGUGUUCCCUGUAUUUAGCCCAGCAAAGAUUAAUCCAUGGUCUAGAAGCACACCUUAUAUGCCUAAUAUUAGCAGGCUGCAACUGUUAUCUAUAUUACUUAGAAUCUGUUAAAUUUUUCUUACUCCAAAUAUUUGUUAGCCUAGUUGUUUUUUUGGCAUUUCAGACCGUUAGAAAUUUGUACUCUCUGUAUUUAGCCUAGGAAAGAUCCAUCCGUUGGCAAGAUAGACACCUUGUAUGCGUACUGCUAGCAGCUACAAAAUAUUUUAAAAGUUAGAAAUCUAUACUCUCUGCAUUUAGCCCAGGAAAGAUCCAUCCGUUGGCUAGAGACACACCUUGUAUGCCUAUUGCUAGCAGGCUACAAAAUAUUUUAAAAUCGACUAUUUGGUUCUGAGCUUGUAUACCAGUUUACUGUGCUGAGGCGCACCAAGCCCGUGUGUUAGUGAAAACAUCUCGCGGGGCUUGCCAAUCGACCCGAAUAUAUAACCACAUUCUUUGACUCUGUAAAUUAUGUAGAAAUCCAGCAUGGGGUCUCCUUCGCCUAUGAUAGUGGUGGACAACGGCGGGGGCUUCUGCAAGGCUGGAUUUGCUGGCAACAAAAACCCCACGGCCGUUGUUCCUAAUUGCCUCUCCCGCUCCCACUCAUCCAAGAAAUGGCUCAUCGCCGACCAACUCCACCACUGCGACGACAUAGCCGGGAUCUCCAUUCGCCGCCCCUUCGACCGUGGCUUCCUUGUCAAUGCCGACAUGCAAAAAGAAAUUUGGGAGCGCCUCUUUAAGAACCUUCUGAAGACUCGUCCCUCCGAUUCCGCAGGCCUCCUCUUAGUCGAGCCCCUCUUCAAUCUGCCCUCCAUCCAGAAGGCCACGGACGAGCUCGUGUUCGAAGAUCUAGGGUUCCAGUCUCUCUACGUCGCGGACUCGCCUUCGCUGGUGCAUUUGUACGAAGCGAGCAGGUCUCCCAUCAGUCUCCUGGCCAGGACACAGUGUAGCCUCAUCGUCGACUGUGGCUUCUCCUUCACGCACGCGGCUCCCGUCUACCAGAAUUUUACUAUCAAUUAUGGGGUCAAGAGGAUUGACCUUGGCGGGAAGGCGCUCACUAAUUAUCUGAAGGAGCUUGUUUCUUACCGAGCUGUGAACAUGAUGGAUGAGACUUAUAUUAUGGAUGAUGUUAAGGAGAAGCUCUGCUUUGUUUCGCUUGAUGUUGAUCAUGAUCUCCAACUAGCGAGACUUCAAGAAAAACUCGAUGCAGAUCUCUUUCUUCUUCUCCCUUCACCUUUCCACUGGCAUUUUUCAUAGGCCUAAAAGUACCUAGA